UAAGUUUAAGUACACUAGUAAAAAAGACACACACACACACACAUCACUGUUUUACCUCCCUGCCUUUUUCCCACUUGCUGUCAUGGUGUAAUAAAGCUGUCUUCUCUGAGCUGUUAUCCACUGAGGCAGCAGCUGGAGCAAACACAGCACUAAAAAGGCUAGUGCACCGCCCCUCCCUUGUCUUUCUUCCCUGUACAUCAUUAUACUGUAUGGAUUUAUUUCCCCCUACAUUUUCUUCCCAGAAGGCAUCCUGCAAUUUGGCAGUAGUCAGCAGUAAAUUCAGUGGGUAUCUUAGAUCUAAGACCCCUGUAGGCUUUAUGGAUGAUUACCCUCACACUCACCUCCACUUGAGAAAUUUCUCUUACUUUUCCUUCUUUUCGGAGCUGCGCCACUCAGAUCAUGUUGCCACCACUAUUGUGGAGAGCCUGGCUAUCACCGCUGUCUUCCUGGUCUCCGUGGCAGCAAAUGCAGGAGCUGCAGCCCUAGUAACCUGGGAACGCAGACCGCUGGCAAACAAGACAGUCCUGACCCUCAACCUCUUUGUGGCCGACCUGCUUUUUGUCAGCAUGAUCCCGCUGAUUGUGGCGGUGAGAUGGACUGUGUCCUGGAAGCUUGGAUAUACAGCCUGUCACACUGUGCUGUAUGUCAUCUGCAUGAGUGGCUGUGUCACCAUCACCACCCUGGCCUCCAUCAGUGUGGAAAGGGUUCAAGCUAUUCUUCGGCUUCAGACCGUCCCCACUUUCAAUCUCAGGAUUGUGUGUGCCACUGUCACCUUCAUCUGGGCUUUUUCUGCGCUCACCUCCAUCCCCCUCAGUCUGUUCUUCACUGUGGUGGAAGUGGAGUUCCCUGGACAGGGAAAUUUACAUAUCUGUACUCUUAAGUGGCCUGAUGCAACUGGGGAAAUUGUGUGGAAUGUGGCCUUUACUGCCUUGUGCUUCGUUCUGCCAGGACUCAUCAUUGUGGUCAGCUACAGCAAAAUAUUACAGAUUACUAAAACCUGUAGGAGAAGGCUCUGGGCCAGCGACAGUCCUUCCACACUAGGAGAGUCUCCUGAGUAUUUAGUCUCCCGCCAAGACAUCAAGCUCUUCCGCACACUGUUAGUCCUCAUGCUCUCUUUCCUAAUCAUGUGGAGCCCCAUUUUCAUCCUCACCUUCCUCAUCCUCGCCAGGAACUUCCAUGAUCACCUGUUCAUCUCCUCUACCAUGUUCUUCUGGGUGGUAACAUUCACCCUGGCAAACUCAGCCCUCAAUCCCAUCCUCUACUCUGUCUGCCAGUUCAAGAACGGCUGGCGCAGGCUCUGUUGUGGCACUGUGGUGGCACCGCUGAAGCAAGUGCCCCGUGCCAAUGGUCGCACAUAAGAGAAACAGAUGUACUGUCAACCACAGUCUUUGUUCCUCCAAGCUGUUGUGCUACCCCAAUCCGUGCAAAGGAAUAAUCCAUAUGACUUUUCAAUCUUGCCUUUUCUGAUCUGUGCCUGGUUUUUCUGUCUGAGCCGCUGGUUCACCUGAUCUCUGCCUUGCCUGCCCUGUUUGGUUUCCUUACUUGUAUCAUUUUUCUUUACUCCCGGUAAAGUAUUUAAUCUUAUAAAUGUGUAAAUCUUAUAAGU